UGCUCGGGAUUAUUCGAAAAAAAAAGUAAGAGCACAGCGGGAAUUUGGACGCGCAGAGAUCUGACUCUCAAUUGAACUGCAGAGGCAUCACGCAAGCUAGAGCUGGGCGAGGAGACAAUGAGAAAUAAACAUGGCUUGGCGCUCCUCCUGCUUCUCCUGCUCUUCCUCCUCCUUCUCAUCCUCAUCAUCAUCAUGAUGCAGAGCGAGAAGCAGCAGAAGCAGAAUACUACGGUGGUGAGCCAUCUCCCUGGCUACCAAGGACCUCUCCCCUUUUCCCUGCAGACAGGCUACGUGGAGGUGGACGAGAGCAACGGCGUCCGCUUCUUUUACUACUUCAUUCAGUCGGAGAGGAAUCCGGCGGAGGAUCCCCUCUUGCUCUGGCUCGCCGGCGGCCCCGGAUGCUCCGGCUUCUCCGCCCUUGUCUACGAGAACGGUCCUCUCAGUUUCAAGUCGCAUUCCUACGUCGAUGGUCUGCCAGAGCUGGUGUAUAGGCCAGAUUCCUGGACCAAGGUGGCCAACAUCAUCUUUCUGGAUUCCCCUGUUGGAGCUGGCUUUUCAUACUCUGCAACAGAAGAUGGAUACAACUCCUCCGAUACCAAAACCAUCGAUCAAAUCGCCAUCUUCCUUACCAAGUGGUACGAGGAGCAUCCAGAGUUCUUAUCCAAUCCACUUUACAUUGCCGGAGAUUCGUAUUCUGGCUUAAUUGUGCCACCUUUAACCUUGAAAAUUGCUAGAGGUAUGGAAAUGGGUGAUCGGCCUGUUCUUAAUUUGAAGGGCUACAUCCUAGGCAACCCAUUAACAGAUCGCAAGACUGAUUUUGCUGCUAGAAUUCCAUAUGCACAUAGGAUGGGUCUCCUAUCCGAUGGACAAUAUAAGAUAUACAGGGAAAGUUGUGGCGCCGACACCGAUGCGGCCCAAAACGUGGAAUGCACAAAUUGUCUCGAGUCAAUAGAUAAGUGUUUGAAGGGCAUUAACAUGCACCACAUCCUCGAACCUGAAUGUCCUGAAUACGAUGGAAAUUCAGUAGGCGGAAGGAUUCUGCUUGGCCACAACAAUGCAGAGCUUCCCUUGUCUGACAUUUGUUCAGAGUGCAGAGAAGCGGGAUAUACCAUGUCCAACAUAUGGGCAAACGACAAGGGAGUAAGAGAAGCUCUGGGUGUUCACAAUGGAACGGUUCGUUCGUGGUUGAGGUGCAACCAUGGCAUGCCGUUCACCGGUGACAUCUCGAGCAGCGUGGAGUAUCACCGCAGUGUCACCACCAGUGGCUACCGGAGUCUAAUUUACAGUGGGGAUCACGACAUGACUUGGCCUUUCAUCGGCACCGAGGCGUGGAUCAGGUCACUCGGCUUCCCCAUCGUGGAUGAGUGGAGGCCGUGGUAUGUCACCGGCCAAGUUGCAGGGUUUGCCACAGUGUAUUCCAAUAACUUCACCUUUGCCACAGUCAAGGGCGCUGGUCACACUGCUCCGGAGUACAAGCCCAAGGAGUGUUUGGCUAUGUUGUCCAGCUGGCUCUCCAACCGUCCACUCUGACUUGUCGAUCUUCUCACACGCAUGACACCAGCUUCUUCUUGUUUUGCACAUCAGCGAUUUUCGAAAGAAAAAGUUUUUUCGAAAGGGAAUAUAUUAACGAAUAGAAAAAAUUGUACCACCGAGACCUAUUAUUGUUUAAUGUAUGAAUUGGGGUAUUUACUGUUGCAAUCGA